CUCCACUCCUCCGCCCUCCGACGCGUCGCCAGCAUCUGCCAUACGUGUAAUCGCAGCCCUCCUCAUCCUUCUCCCUGGCGGCCUCGCCCUUUGGACAACCGGGUUGUCCGCUUGGCAGCGUCAGGACGAAACAGCACGAGACUUCUUUGGCACGCACGUAACCCUCCACGACGAGAGCGACCUCGUUUUCUGCCACAACAACUGGCACUCCAAGGCCAAAGGGUGCACCCCGAACUUUUAUGAGCAACCCGGCGCAUUCCCACCGCCUCCUCCCUCGCCAACGCCGCCGCCGUUUCUCGCGUCCAGCGCCAUGCCGUGCAUUACCGCCACGGUCAUGCAGCGCAAUCCCGACUGCGCUCAAAAUCUUGCCUUUCCGGAAUCCCCCUCGACCAUCCUCAUGUGCACCGACGCCAGCUGCUGGGAGAAGGCGCUGAAGGGGCCGGCGCCGCCCGUGUGCAUGCCCUGCACCACGUUCGGCGUCGGGUUUGUCAACAGCGCGGCUCCCCCAGGCGGUUUCCCCUGGGCGCGCCACGCGCCGCCUUGCUGCGAGAAAGACGUCGGCCGCAGUACCGUCCACCUCGGUGCCUCUGUGGACGCGCACCCUUGCUGCAAGGUCGGCACGAGGAAAGACGGCUCCUGCGUGCCGUGUGGUUCGGUGUGGGACCGGAUCGGGUGACGCGUGUGACUUGAAGAAAACACCCGCACCGCGAAUAGCCCAUCCGCCUGCACGCUCCACGCUCCACGGACCACGCUCCACGCUCCACGCUCCACGCACCACGGACCACGCUGCAGCCACAUAAAGAGUGUUUAAGUCGUCAAGGCAGGUUCUUUUGUUUUUUCAAAAUGCAAAGAAGAUCAA